AAGGAAAAGAGCUUACGAUUCUCCAACAAUAUAUUUAUACAUAUAUAGACACGUUACUAGGUAUAUUAUAUAUACACACCAUUUUUUUCCUCCAACGUUAAAGAGAGAGUAGAAAAGGUAUAAAUAGAGAUUUAGUAAGGUGUACUAUUUUUGCAGUAUGGGACGAUUGAGAGUAGAUGUAUCUGGUAACGAGAGAUUUAAGCCGCCAAUUACUUGUUCUCCUAGAGAAACGUAUGGUCGAUUACAAUAUUGUGAAAGUGGUUCGGGCAAAAGAGGAGGUGGUAGUGGCAAUCACAGCGCUGGUGCCAGUGCUAGUAACGCAAAGGUGACAACUGAUGAUGCAUUAACUUACUUGAAGGAAGUUAAGGACAUGUUUCCAGACCAAAGGGAGAAGUUUGACGAGUUUCUUGAUGUUAUGAAUGACUUUAAAGCUCAAAGAAUUAAUAUUGUUGGUGUCGUAGCAAGAAUGAAAGAAUUGUUUAAAGGGCAUCCUGAUUUGCUCCUUGGACUCAAUCCUUUCUUGCCCAAGGGCUAUGAAAUAAUCCUCAACGAGGAAGAUAAGGCUCCCCAAAAGAAAACAACUGACUCUGAUACGUAUGGUAAAGGGUUUACUUUUUGUGAAAAGGUAAAGAAAAGACUACGAAGCUCAGCUGAUUAUCAAAUAUUCUUAAAAUCUCUCCGUAUUUACAGCAGAUAUUUAAUUUCAGGGGAGCAGUUACAAUGUUUGGUUUCUAAUACACUUGGAAAUCAUCCCGAUCUUAUGGAGGGUUUCAAUGAAUUUAUAGAGCGUUAUGAGCGAAAUGCUGGAUAUUUUGCAGGUGAAGUGACUAAGUGGGAUGAAGGGCAUACUAAGUCCAAGUUAGUAAAGGAAGAAAGGAAAUACAAAGAGCAGAAGCGUAAAAAUGAGACCCCUCCACUGAGAAGUAAUUUUGAAGAAGCUAUCAGCUAUGUGAAGAAAGUAAAGGAACGUUUCCAAAACGACAACCAUGUGUACGAAUCCUUCUUAGACAUUUUGAAAAUGUAUAGGAAGGAGCAUAAGAACAUCGAUAAAGUCUAUCAUGAGGUUGCCAUACUUUUCAAUGAUCAUCCAGAUUUGCUUGAUGACUUCACAAAAUUCUUGCCAGAUUCUUCAGCUGUUGUGGUGCUUAAGCGUUAUAUUGAUGAGUUAACCAUCCGCUUUAGUUCCUUAUAAUAAUGUUAUUGCCCAUGACUAAAGCUUUUGGUAACUAUUAGUUCUACUUGAUAUUCUCAGGAAGAUUGGUUGGUUGCUUGGAAUUCUUUGUCCUGUUUAAUUAUAAUUUCCGUUUUAUUAGCAAUAAAUAUUAGUACUAAUAAAUGAUUUCUUGAAUAAUACCUUCUUCCUUCUAGCAAAUCAA